AAGAGAGAGGACACCAUUCCUUUUGUCUACCCUUUUCUUUUACCUCUUGAGCUCAUUUCAUGAUCUUUUCCAAAUCAUAAUUCACAUCAACUCCCUCAUUCUCUAUCUAAAAGGUUGUAGAGAAAGAUGGGGGAUAGGAUGGUAGGUAGAUAUUGGUGUUACAUGUGCUCUCAAAUGGUGAAUCCAACGAUAGAACCUGAAACCAAAUGCCCUUUUUGCGAGACCGGAUUUGUGGAAGAAAUGACCAGCAUGAGACAAUACUCCGACGACAAUGGAAUUGAUUUAGGAUCAAUGAACACUCUGUCGCUUUGGGCUCCAAUCUUGCUUGGUUUGAUUGGUGGUUUAGGUUCUGCACAGUUGCGUAUCACAGGCAGGGAGCAAAUCAAUGAUAGUAACUCACAAGAUGCAGUGGAAGAUGAACUAGGAAGAGAAUUUGAAUCCUUGCUUAGGAGGAGAAGGAGAACCUCAGCUUCAGCUUUUCGGAUGCUUCAGGAGAUGCGUACUGUAGCAGCUUCUGAAUCAGAGAAUCCUGAAAAUAGUAGAGAGAGGAGUGGCAGAAUGAUCUUAUUCGAUCCAUUCAACGAUGAGGCCUUAAUUGUUCAAGGUUCAUUUGGUUUUAACCAAGGACAAAACUCAACUCAUAGGGCAGCCAGCUCUUUUGGUGAUUACCUGAUGGGACCUGGUUGGGAUCUGCUGUUACGGUAUUUGGCAGAGAAUGACCCUAACCGCUAUGGAACCCCACCAGCACAGAAAGAGGCAGUUGAAGCAAUGCCAACUGUGACUGUAGAGGACAGUAUGCAGUGUUCUAUAUGCUUGGAAGAUAUUGAGAUUGGAAGUGAAGCAAAGGAGAUGCCAUGUAAACAUAAAUUCCAUGGUGGGUGUAUUGUUCCGUGGCUGGAACUUCAUAGCUCUUGCCCAGUAUGCAGGUACCAGUUGCCUUCGGAUCAUUCCAAGAUUGAAGCAAAUGUGAGCAGAAAUAGUGAAGGAAGAGUUGACACUAAUGAUACCCAAAGUGGUAGCAGGGUAGGAACUGGAAGAAGGUAUUGGAUCCCUAUUCCAUGGCCUUAUGAUGGUUUGCUCACCUUACCAGGAUCGCAAAGUGGUUCUACUUCAGCUUCCUCAUCAGGGGCCACGCCAGGAAGUGCAAGUGCAGGUCAGACAGAAGAUAAUUGAAACUUUUUCUUAUUCCUGUUAUGUAAUGUACUGGACUACAUAAGCUAAUACUGCUUCUGGCCUAGCCUGAAAACUUUCUGCAGCAUAUUUUUGGCUGCAUUGAGGUGGUCUCUUUGCUGCUGUUGUAAAUUUGUUUUAUUCCAAAACUAAAAACAAAAAAAAAAGAUUUUAUUUUA